GCAGUGUGCUCCAGUCAGUCGCGUGAAGAGCAGGGACCAGGAAUCCUCGCACGCCUGACCGCUAGGCUACUUCCUGGAGGAGGAUGGAACCUUUUUUUAAAUUAGCCUUCGUGCGCUAAUUCCCAUCUUUUCGCUACGAUAACGCCUUGGAUAAUCAAGAAAUAACGGUCACGUGUACUAAUUAUAAUCGGAGCACUUUUUUUCUCUCUCUCCUCCUGACUUGCACACACAUUGAUCGCCCGGGUUGACUCUUUAUACCGACUUGGGGAAUGUCGCGGUCCAAAAGCCUCACGCAUGCAUGGUCGUCCCAAAGUGAUACUGAACUGUUUUUGCACGUUCGCAGCCUUUGUAUAUUCCUCGAAGAAGCAGAUGCAUCGGCUCGGCAUCGGGGCGAAUAAUUUAGCGUUUUAGCGGCGAGUCUCGCAAGCAGCGCAAGGCUACUUCGGUGUUGUUGUUGCAUCCAGCCGUUUAUUCGUGAAGUUAUUCUUCUGCUUUUUUUUUUUAAUCUAUUGCGUUCAAGUGUAUGCUUUUUAUAAACCUCGAAAACUUUGUCACCCGUUGCCUUCUUGUUGCUUCGAUGAGUAAUCUAACAUGCGGAGAAUUCGGGAACCAAGUUACUGGUGGAUCUUAUCCUUCACGUUUUUAACCCUGUCCAAACACACGGAAUGUCACCCUGUGGCACUGGACGGCCAGCCUUACCAUGGUGGACUAGGAGGUUACGAGCACGGGGACGUCAGGAGGGAGAGGAGAGCGGCCGGAGAUGCCUAUUGGGCCUAUUCCAUGAGCCAUGGACCUACAGCUUGGCACGCUGCCUACCCAGAAUGUGGGGAGGGGACCCAAUCCCCGGUGGACAUCAUAGACGAGAACGCUCAGGUUUCCCAGGAGUACCAGGAACUAACUCUUGACAAGUUCAAUGUCGAAUCGUCCAACCAAACUACCAUGAAGAACACAGGAAAGACAGUCGCUGUUCUGCUGAAGAACGACUACUUUGUGCGCGGGGCCGGCCUGCCGGGGCGCUUCAAGGCGGAGAAGAUGGAGUUCCACUGGGGCCAGAACGGCUCAGCGGGCUCCGAACACAGCAUCGCAGGCCGGAGGUUCCCAGUGGAGAUGCAGAUCUACCUGUACAACUCUGACGACUUUGACAGCCUUGGUGCCGCCAUCAGACAAAGACGCAGCAUCGCAGCCAUGGCCGUCUUCUUUCAGCUGGGCCACAAAGACAACCCAGCGGUGGAGCCCAUCAUCCAGGGUCUGAAGGGGGUGGUACAUCACGAGAAGGAGACUGUCCUCCGCUCGUUCAUCCUGCGGGAUCUGCUCCCGUCCUCGCUGGACAGCUACUACCGCUACAAGGGCUCCCUCACCACGCCGCCCUGCAGCAAGGUGGUGGAGUGGAUCCUCUUCUCCAGGCCCGUAUAUCUCUCCCACUUACAGCUGGAGGCCUUCUACUCCAUCUUCACCACGGAGCAACAGGACCACGUCAAGUCGGUGGAGUACCUGAGGAACAACUUCCGGCCGCUGCAGGAGCUGGGCGACCGCGUGGUCUACAAGUCGGCCGUGGAGGACGCGUGGAAGUCGGACGUCACCGCCGGCCUGGGGGCGGGGCCCCACGGCACCGAGGCCUCCAGAGUGUGCAGCACUGCUCCCCUGAGGAUAAAGAUCCAGCCUCUGAACCAGUCGGCUCUGACCCUGAGCUGGGAGCGCCCGGCCGCCCUCUACCACCCGCCCAUCACCAGCUACAUGGUGUCCUACAGCUGGGAGAGGAGCGACCUGGCCAACGAGAACACCUUCACCAAGGCCGCCGACCAGACCAUGAAGGCGGUGAUAUCCAACGUUUCCCCGGACUUCCUGUACCUGUUCAGAGUGCAGGCAGUGUGUCAGCAGGACCUCCGCAGUGACUUCAGCCAGACGCUGCUCUUCAGGGCCAACACCACAAGAAUCUUUGAGGGGUCUCGAAUCGUGAAAACGGGCAUGCCCACAGUGUCCCCGGCGUCCUCGGCGGAUAUGGCCCCCAUCAGCUCCGGCUCCUCCACCUGGACCUCCUCCGGGCUGCCCUUCUCCUUUGUUUCCAUGGCGACGGGCAUGGGGCCGUCGUCAAGCGGCAGCCAGACCACGGUGGCGUCGCUGGUGACCAGCACGCUCCUGGCGGGCCUGGGCUUCGGCGGCGGCGUCAUCUCCUCCCUGCCCGGCUCCCUGUGGCCCACCCAGGCCCCCUCCCACCACACCAGCCCCCCGCCCGCCCGGCCCACUACCCACCCCGCGGCCCCCCAGGGCCCCGACGCCGAGGGCCCCUCAGAGGAGAGCCCGCGGGAGGGGGAGGGGGCGGCGGAGGACAAGGAGAAGGGGAAGGAGGAGGAGGAGGAGGAAGGGGAGGAGGACGACGCCGGCGACGACAAGAAGAAGAAGGGGAAGAAGGCCUCCGACGGCGUCACGGACGAGGGGCUGGCCGUCGCCGUGACGACCGCCGCCACCACCACGCCCGCCACCGUCACCGUCGCCAACAACACGGAGUACGGGAGGCCUUCCACCCGGGGGCCGGGGACGGGGCCUGGGGUGACCCCCAACCCCGAGGAGGAGGAUCAGGUCUCGGGGGAGGCGGGGGAGGACCUGGGGGUGACCCCGACCCAGGGGCCCAGCAGCGACGUCACGGUGAUGCAGAUCCCCCAGAACCCCACCCUGUCCACCAAAGGCCCCUGGGACAACAAGAGCCAGUGGCCCUUCUCCAUCCCCAAGACGACAGACUCCUCCAACCAGUCCCGGAGCCCCGCGCCCGGGAUGGGUCGUGGGGUGUGGAUCAUCCCCCUGGUGGUAGUGUCCACGCUCACCCUGCUGUGCCUGGUGAUGCUGCUGGUGGUGCUGGUCUACUGGAGGCGGUUCUUCCAGACGGCCCACUUCUACGUGGAGGAGACCAGCUCUCCGCGGGUCGUGGCCAAUGAAAACAUCCCGAUCAUCCCCAUACCGGAUGACAUGGAUGCCAUCCCAGUAAAGCAGUUUGUGAAACAUAUCAUGGAGCUCUACUCUAACAACCUGCAGGGCUUCGCCCAACAGUUUGAGGAGGUCCAGCGCUGCACGGCGGACCUGAAAAUCACGGCAGAACAUUCCAAUCACUCCGACAACAAGCACAAGAACCGAUACAUCAACAUCAUGGCCUAUGACCACAGCCGGGUGAAAUUACGAGCGCUGGCAGGCAAAGACGCCAAACACAGUGAUUACAUCAACGCCAACUUUGUGGACGGCUACAACAAACCCAAAGCCUACAUCGCCGCCCAAGGCCCCCUGAAGUCCACCUUCGAGGACUUCUGGCGCAUGGUGUGGGAGCAGAACAGCGGUGUCAUCAUCAUGAUCACCAACCUGGUGGAGAAAGGCAGGAGGAAAUGUGACCAGUACUGGCCCAGCGAGAACAGCGAGCAGUACGGCAACAUCGUGGUGACCCUAAAGAGUACCAAGGUGCACGCCUGCUAUACGCUGCGCCGCUUCCUCAUCCGGAACACCAAAGUCAAGAAGGGGCAGAAGGGAAACCCGAAGGGCAGGCUGAACGAGCGCACGGUGGUCCAGUACCACUACACCCAGUGGCCCGACAUGGGGGUCCCGGAGUACACCCUGCCCGUCCUCACCUUCAUCCACCGCUCCUCGGCCGCCCGCACCCGGGACAUGGGCCCCGUGCUGGUGCACUGCAGCGCCGGUGUCGGGCGGACUGGCACCUACAUCGUCAUCGACAGCAUGCUCCAGCAGAUCAAGGACAAGAGCACAGUCAACGUCCUGGGGUUCCUCAAACACAUCCGAACACAACGCAAUUACCUAGUCCAAACGGAGGAGCAGUACGUCUUCAUCCACGACGCUCUGAUGGAGGCCAUCCUCAUCAAGGAGACGGAGGUCCCCGCCUGCCAGCUACACGCCUACGUCAACGGCAUCCUGAAGCCAGGGGCCACCGGCCGCACGUGCCUGGAGAAGCAGUUCAGACUGUUGUCCCACUGCAACAUGAGGUUUGUGGAGUGCUUCAGUGCGCAGAAGGACUGCAACAAGGAGAAGAACCGCAACUCCUCUGUGGUUCCCUCGGAGCGUGCCAGAGUGGGGCUCUCUCCUCUCCCUGGCAUGAAGGGAACGGAUUACAUUAACGCGUCCUACAUGAUGGGUUACUACAGGAGCAACGAGUUCAUCGUGACCCAGCACCCCUUGCCCCACACCACCACAGACUUCUGGCGCAUGAUCUGGGACCACAACGCCCAGAUAAUCGUCAUGCUGCCUGACAACCAGGGCCUGGCGGAGGAUGAAUUUGUUUACUGGCCAAGUCGAGAAGAGGCCAUGAACUGCCUGGCCUUCACUGUCACGCUCAUUAGCAAAGACAGACUGUGCCUCUCCAACGAGGAGCAGAUCAUCAUUCACGACUUCAUCCUAGAGGCCACUCAGGAUGACUACGUGCUGGAGGUGAGACAUUUCCAGUGCCCCAAGUGGCCCCACCCAGACGCCCCCCUCAGCAGCACCUUCGAGCUCAUCAACGUCAUCAAGGAGGAGGCCAUGACCCGGGACGGGCCCACCAUAGUGCACGAUGAGUACGGCGCGGUGAAUGCCGGGACUAUGUGCGCCCUGAUCACCCUCUCUCAGCAGCUGGAGAGCGAGGGCGCUGUGGACGUCUACCAGGUGGCCAAGAUGAUCAACCUCAUGAGACCCGGGGUGUUCACCGACAUCGAGCAGUACCAGUACCUGUACAAGGCCAUGCUGAGCCUGGUGGGCUCCAGGGAGUGGGAGCCCACCAGCAUCAUGUACAUGGAACCCACCGAAGACAUGGCGCUGGUGGACGUAUCGGACCCGGCCAAGAGCAUGGAGUCUCUGGUCUGAGGAGGCCUCACCACACAGAAGGGCUGCAGGAGAGGCACUCGACUUAUGAAGAAAACAACGGAAAAACUAACUGUCGUCGGACUUCAGGACGGGGGACAAAAAAACUUUUGUGAGGCCUUUUUCGCCAGACUGAAUAACCUUAUUACUUUUUUACAUUGAGGGGGAAAAAAAAAAGUUUUUGGAUAUUUAUUUUUUGUCAUUUCUCUCCUUUUUCUUUUUCGUCUUUGAUGUUAUCCUGCUGAGUGCACCUGUUGUUGUUUUUAAGUUGAAGUGAGGGAAAAGCAGCUCUGUCUAGUUUGCACUACACUAUCAGUGUUACUGCCUGAAUCCAAUCGAGUCACAGUCCACACGACUAACCCCAUAGGCUACGCUCUACGUGUACAUUGUUUGGACUCCAAUUAAUUGUUUUUGGUUUUUCUAACCAGCUGGAUGGCUUAAGUUAAGUGAUAUCGGACACGUUUUCCACACACUUAACCACAGAAGCUUCGUUAAACCGUCAUCCCUUUAUAUAGAUUUCUACCACGCACCAAGUGGUUUACAGCCACAACCGUCAAUAAACUACUUUAGGCUUUUCUACUUCACUCAUCACUGCAGUCUUGUAAUCGUUUUUAUUUCGCUUUUCUGGUCCUUUAACAUCUAAUGUGAGCUUUUAUUCAUUCAUGCUAUGAUUUAUACUCAAUAUAUUCUUUGUAAUAUAUGCUAUGACGUUAAUUGUCUUUGAUGUCCCAUGUAUCUAUACUUACAGACCUUUCACCCACUAUUAUUAUUAUUGCUAUUAUUUAUUUUGAAGACACAAAGUAAUAAUGAAUAGCCUUGAAGGCCUUCAUCUUUAUUUUUUUUACAGCCUCGUCGAAACACAGCCAUUGUGAUUCAAUUGUAGUCAAUGUGAUUCGGUUGUGGUCACCACUUCUGUUCUUAUUUACCCAAUUACUUAGCAAUGCAUUAUUUGUAUCCAAAGAAAUGGUUUCAAAUCCUAACCAGAUUUUUUGUUUUAUUUCAUCUUUGACAUUUUUCUCAUUUAAGAGUGGAGGGAAAAUCGAUUCGGCUUCAUACAGCUAAGAUUCCUCCAGACAAUUUAGGCAGGUUUCUGUCUACUUAACAAGCCACCAUCGAUCGCUGUACAUCAAUGUUUUAUAUAUAAACUUUACAAUUUUGUUUCAUCCAGGCUUAUAUAUCGUCUGUGUGUGCGGACUCUUUAUUAUGAAAAAAAACAACAAUAACUCCAACCAUCAAAAGCUAUUUUCCUUCAUUGAUUGAUAUAUCUAUAUCUAUAUAUAUAAAUAUAUACACUCUCUAGAGUGUAUUUUCUACGUUCAGUUAUCUGCUUAAACCCACUUCUCUACCAAAGAGGAGGUUGCCAACUCAAGUGAAAUCUCUCCAACAUUUGGAGAUGCGUCCAGAUUUCAGAUUAUUUAGCUCAAUAAUGAACUGUUCUCUGUGACAAUUGUUCCUUUUUUUGUUUGUCUGGUUUUUGCCGUUUUAGCUUUUUUCUUUCACUUUUCUUGUUUUACAAGAUUUCUCACCGUUUGAUAUUCCUAUGCUACUUAACAGUAUGUAUAGACUUGUUUUGUAAGCCAUGCGCACAUAUAUUAAAAAAGAACAAACUUAAACGUUUAAAUAUAUUCUUCAUUGUCAUAGAAUCCUAUAUUUUCAUAUAAAAAUUGGUCAGCAAAUUGGCCCUAGAAAUGGAAAGACAUUUGAGUAAAAAAAUAGUAAGACUCAACCCAGAGCUAAAUUCACUAUUCUGAAACGUGUCUUUCCUUCUAAGGUUCAUACUGGUAUUAUUUAAAAGGUCUGGAUAUUCCCAAUAUAAAAAAAGUUACUACCGCAUUUUAGUCAGGUUGGCAGUUGGUGUAUUUUGUAAGUCAAAAAAAUGAACAACAAAUGGUUUUGCCCAUUAUAUGAUGGUAUCAUAGUGUUGUAAUGCUAUGAUACUGUGAUAUACCGUAUAAUAGUGUCAUGGUGUUAUUUAAUACGGAAAGUGUAUUGUUAUACAUUAAAUAAAGUAUGGUGGGUUUUGAUGUGAUGUAUCCUGAUAUAAAACGAUUGCAGAUUGAGUUCUAUUUGGUGAAGCCUGAAUACAAUCCCAUUGGACAUUCAUUGUUGAGGCUGUUCCAGUGGUCAAUGGUUUCCCUCUGGAUUUAUGCUAGCAUAUCUAUAUAGGACACAUUAGGGACAUGUACAAAUGGGACACGUACAGUAAUUUUAUUUAGAGGCAACAGCUCUUGCAUAUUACAACUGUUGGCUUUCAUAAGGCAAAAAGCAAGAAUGAAUCCACCAGCGAAUUGACACAGAAAACAGAAAGCGGUUUGGAGAGGGUGGGGCAGACCACGGGCAUGCAGCGAUGGCUCAGAAUGCAAUGUACAGCAUUAGAGAUAUAUACAGAACAACAGUGUGACCCAAACAAAAUGCCAGACAUCUCAUUCUACACAGUUUACAGAACAAAGACGAACCCAGCUCCAUUUUUUUUCUUAAUUAUUCUUUUAAAUAAAAAAGGUAACCAUUUCAGCUUUUUUUUUUUCAUCUCGUAAAAGUGCAACUCAAUUUAAAAUAGAGCCUCGUUUCAAGAGGCCAUUUUGAUGUUUGAAAAAAAGCAAAGAAAAAUAGAAUCUCCCGAGUUAUCAAAACAGAGCAUUGAGAAUAUUGCAUCUCUAGAAUAUAUAGCCACUCAGGUGAGGCCAGGUAGUCCUACUCCUGUGAGGUGACGUCACACACAGCGUCGACGAGGAGCGGGAAACGCACGUCUUUACUGUCGAUGUUGAUAACAGUGGAGUGGACGACGAGAACCCAAACCGAAGAAAACAACCGAAAAUAACGUUUUUUUUGACACCCCGAUUAAUAGCCAUAAAACUUAAACACAGACGGGUUUGUUUGCAGUUCGUAGCAAGUUGGCAUUCACUUAAAAACAGACGACAUAUAAGAGGGUCCACACACUCGUCACGACAAUGUAGGCUACCAUUAAUGAAUGUAGAGUACGACAAAGAAGCGCCAUAUACGAUUGCGUUGGACAGGGACACACCUAUUAAUCUCACUCAACAUCGUCAAACAAAUGGUACUCCAUAUUGCUUAGUAACACAGAAAUGAAUUAAGAAAUCAAAGAUGGGUUUCGCUAUCUUUAUCAUGACACAGCUAAACUGUCGAUCAUGGUCUUUUUUUUAAACAUUUUUAUUUAUAUUUUCCUCAGUA